UCAUUAGGGUUUCAGAUGUCUAUCUCAUUCCUAUCCGCCUCCCCUCUCUCUCUCUCGGCGAUUCAGAAACCCCAAGCUAUCUUCACCAGAUCUGUUUGAGAAUUUGCUUCUUCGGCUGCUAUUGAUGGUGGUUGUCUGGUUAAGUUGUUGAUUGUGCAACUGCCCUGCUUUCUCUCUCAAAUGAGAUCUAGGGUUUCUACAUGUGAUUCAAGAUCUGGCUAUCGCAGCUUUCUCUCUCAAACGAGAUCUAGGGUUUCUACAUACGCUUCAAGAUCUGGCUUUCACAGUUCGGUUCGACACAUUUCAAAUUGAGAUUCCUUUUUCCGUUUUCGUUCUCUUUCUCCCUCAAAGAUCUGGAUUUGGAUCUGUGGAUCCAAAAGGAAAAACAAUCAGAGAUGUUCUUUUACCCCAAAAAUCACUGUGCACUUUUAUAUACAUACAUCCGGUGAGAACCAAACCUUGCAAGACCCAAAAUUUCAUCCAGUUGAUGUUUGUAUCUUCUUUAAACUUGCAGAUCUAGGGUUUUACUUUCAUGUCUGAGGUAAACUCUACUUUGAAUCAACAAAUCUAGGGUUUUAUACCUCAUGUUUGAAGGUCUUAUUCUUGGAAGGAUCUUAAGGACCACAUGCGUAAGGCUGGAGAUGCAUGUUUUGCUGAAGUUUCUUGGAUAAUCCCGUCACCGAUACACAGCAUGUGAGCGGCUUAUCAUUCUAGAAGCUGAUUGUACUUAUUUAAAAGAUUAUGGUGUUCUCUUGUAUCACUGUGGAUAGCGGUGCAAACGAGCCGAAGUACUCGCGAGCUACUCGAGCUCGGCUCGAAAAAAAGCUCGAAUGAGCCGAGCUUAAACGAGCUCGAGCUCGAGCCCGGGCCUAAAAACAAGCUCAUUUAGUAAAGAGCCCGAGCUUUGUUUAUUGUAUCAUCUCAAUAUGCAGGAUAUGCCAGUAUGACAACAGAUCAGCAUCAGCAGCUUUCCUUAUGCUUUGACAAACUAAUGGGUGAUGUCUCCAGAAGCUUGAAAUCAAGGUUCAUUUAUCAGCUCCCAGCUGUUCGUUUAACGGAUGAACAAGAUGGUCGAUUGAGAGGGUUUUGGUAUCACCAUGGCUGACCUUCCUAUUGAAACAAUAUUUGAGAUAUUAACGAGGGUGCCAGCGAAGGUCGUAGGACGUUCUAAGAGUGUUUGUAAGGAAUGGUAUGCGUUGCUGUCAACUCGAGAUUUCAUAAGGGUACAUUGUUCUCGCUCAUUAGUUUCAUCUAACCAAAGAGUUCUCUUAAUUGACGACCUAACAUGCUCUGUUCAUCCGAUCAUCUUUCAAUCCUGUGAUUAUGGGCCAAGGUCAAUAGUUACAUUACCAUUCGACCACCAAAAUAAUGAUGUGUCAAUACUUUCACAUUUGAAUGGAUUGUUGUGUGUUUGCUUGAAUCAUACAAACGAGUUGCUUCUUUGGAAUCCAACAACUACUGCUUUCAAGCGUUUGUCAACACCUGAUUCUCUUGGAAUCUAUAUAAAUAAUCUUAAUGCCGUUGGUUUGUAUGCUGAUGAUACCGAUGAUUACAAGGUCUUGCAUAUCAAGCGUAGGUGUGGUGUAUAUGAAAGCUAUGUUUAUUCUAGGGAAUUAAACUUUUGGAGAAAUAUUCCUUUCUUAACAAGACAAGAGUACCUUAGCCCCAAUUUCUAUUGGUCACCAGGCACAUUUUGUGGUGGUACUCUGUAUUUCACUCUUUGCGAAUGUUGGGUCGGAGGUACAAAUGUGGUGAUUUGUUUUGAUAUUAAUUCAGAGCAGUUCAAGGAGAUAAGCUUUCCACCUGUUCCAUCUACGGGAUUUGUUCAAGGUGUUUUAGUGAAUGUAAAAAAUGAGCUUCACAUGUUUGCUACGACUGGCUGGUUUGAGAUAACAAUUGACCUAUGGACGCUAAAAGAGGAUUACUGGAUUAAGGUCUUAUCAUGUCCUCCGAUCCCCCCAAUAUCAUUGUCAUUGUGGGGCGAUAUAACACAUUACAUGACGAAUGGUGAUUGGUUUGUGAUGACUAAAUUAGGGAAGCUUUUUACUAUUGAAAUGGAUACGAAGCCCUUCAAAAUUCUUUAUCCGGUUACUUGGUUUCGUGGUUAUAAGGGUGCGGUGUUUGUGGAGACCGUUGUUUCACCAACUAUUUAGUUUGGCUUUAACUUAAUGUUAUCAUUAUGUAUUCAAUGUUUUAAGAAUUUUGGUUUUCUAUUUCUGGUAAUCAUGUUAUUUUGUUUAAGUUUCAUGUACUAAUCUUGUAAUAUUUUCAGAAUUUCAUCAUCUAUUAUAACUA